UGUGCCUGAGCUGGAAUGAAAACCUGAGAAAAGUGAACCAUUCACCGCGUUUAUUCAAGGUUUCCUCACAGGACUCAGAAUAAAACACGUGUAAACACUGGAGUCGACAUGACGUGACGUCGGCCGGACACUUCUGCGUCAAUAUCGUCAAGGAGGGUCGGCCGGUAUGGCGGAUGGGGAGGAGGCCAUGAGCCAGGAGGACUGGAAGGAGAAGUGUAUGGUGCUGGAGGCGCUGCUCAUGAAGUUCAGAGUGCAGAUCAUCAAGAUUCGAGAGCUCACCGCCGACAAAAUUCAACAGUUGGAGACGCAGGUGAUCGAUGCAGAGAAAAGGGCUUUCACUGCUCACCAGCAGGUGCAGUGGAUGGAGGAGAAGCUGAAGGCUCCAGAAGGUCAGUCCGGAGAUGCAGAGGUGCGUUUGUUUCAGCGGUGCCAGGAGCUGCAGGCCUCGGUGCAGGAGAAGGACGACGUCAUCGAGCAGCUGGAGCAGCAGCUGGAGGAGCAGAAACAGAUCCGACUUCAAGAUUCCAAAACAGUGGAGGAGAAAGCAGCAAAAAUCAAGGAGUGGGUGAUGCUGAAGUUAUCUGAGUUUGAGGUUGAGAAUGCAGCAUUAAGAGAAACCAACAAGCAACAUGAGGCUCAGAUUCUGGAGCUACAGAAACAAGUGCAGGCCUUCGAGCAGAAGUGCAGUGGUGGACGUGGAGUCCUCAGCAGACCAGGCGAGGCCCAGCGUCUCAGCAGCCUCACGUUUGGCUGUUUCCAGGUGAGAGGGAAGAACCCCCAGGUCCUCACUGGCCCGGCACCCUCCCAGAGGACCCUCAGCUCCCAGGGGGAGAUUGAGGCCAGAGGUGAACCUGUGAAGCACACAGCGUCCUCAGAGACAGACGGUGAAGUCCACAGACCGGACCAAACUGGACUCCUGUGCUCUCCUCUCGAGGACGACAGUGCGUCUGACAGCCUGGCUGACAGUACAUGUGGACGUGAAUCUCGGGCGGUCUCCUCUGUGCUCUCCAGUGCUGCAUCCGAGGGCGAGGGAGGAGGAGGAGGAGGGGGUGGAGCGUGUGGUCUGGAGUUCAGCCGCCCCGGCAGUGAGACCUACCUGACUGCCUCGGACGACAGCAGCUCUCUGUUUGACGAUGACAUGCAGCGAGCGGAGCGGCCCAGCUUUGGCCUCCUGGGGUCAUCGGAUGGGACCCUGGGGUUGGGUAAGGAGGGUGAGGAGGAGGCGGCACACAGGGCCAAGCUGGAGGACAGCACCUCUGAGGAGCUCAACAAACGAUUCCAGUCGCAAAGACUCGACUCCUCAUCUUCCUCCAGCGAACCCAACACUCCCAGCCCCAGCCUCACGCCGGCCCUCACACCCAAACGACCCACCCCACCCCAGGACCUGAGGGACAACCCCGCCUCACCCAAACAGCCGCGCCUGCGGACCCCAGCAGGGUUCGGGCUGAUUAAUGCGUCCGUGGCAAAGAAACACCUGAGCCAGCCUCCAAUCAGCAGCGAGGCAGCACACGGGCAGACACGCAACGCGCUCAGCAUGCUGCGUCCCUUCCGGCCACAGGAAACAGACCUGGACCAGGAGCAGGAGGCUGGCAUGGAGACAGGCAGGGACACGCCCCCUCAAACCCUCGCCGGCUCACAAGCUCCACCCACCAUGCUUUACUUGCAGACCUCACCUGAACCUGGUCCAGAGCCGAGUGACCUCUCAGCACCUGGAAACACACCUCCCACCCCCCCUCUGCACAGACUGCCCUCCUGGGAGAGUCGUAUCUACGCUGUCGCUAAAUCAGGAAUCCGACUCUCUGAGACGUCCUGCACAGACCCUGCCAGUAAAGACCCUUCCCUCCAGUCCUCCUACCCUGCCUUCGUCAUGUAUACAUCCCUCGUCUAUAAAAACAUGACUACACCAGUUUAUACUACUCUGAAGGGGAAAGCCACUCUACUGAGCAGCAGUCCCGUCUCAGACGAGUCGUCCAGCUCCGAGGAGUCGUCUAGUUCAGGAGAGGAGGACGGCUCCGUCUGCAGCUCCCACACCUCGUCGAGCUCGCGCAAGGACAGCAGCCCCGGCAGCCCACGCUCUCUCAAGAGAGCUGUGUCCAUGUCCUCGAUGACAUCAGAGAGCGACUACGCCAUCCCUCCUGACGCCUACUCCACUGACACAGAGUGCUUCGAACCGGAGCAGAAGCUGCCCAAGACCUGCUCUGCAGCCAGCGACAACGGCAAGAGUGAGCCGAUGGAGAAGUCAGGCUACCUGUUGAAAAUGGUUAAGACCUGGAAGAAAACCUGGAAGAGACGCUGGUUUGUCCUCAAAGACGGAGAGCUGCUCUACUACAAGUCGCCUAGCGAUGUGAUCAGGAAGCCUCAGGGUCAGAUCGAGGUCAACGCCACCAGCAGCAUCGCCCGCGGAGAAGGGAAACAGGUUCUCCAGAUAGUGACGGGGAAGCGUGUUUACUACCUGAAAGCUGACUCUCCCAACCUACUGGAGGAGUGGCUCAAGGUGCUGCUGAGUGUUCUGAGGGUGAAAGCUGCCAGUCCGCUCUUCACCCAGCCUGAUAUUCGCCCUGGCAUGAAGGGGCUGCUCAUAAAGGUGAAGCACGGCUACUCAAAGCGCGUUUGGUGUGCCCUGAUUGGCAAAACGCUGUACUACUUCCGGAACCAAGAAGACAAGUUCCCACUGGGUCAGAUAAAGCUGUGGGAGGCCAGGGUGGAGGAGGUGGACAGGUCCCGGGAUUCAGAUGAUGACCUGAAGGCAUGUGGGCGGGGCCUACAGGGAGCACCCUUCACCAUCUCUAUCCACCCACAGGAGCAAGGGCCCACCUACCUGCUAAUCGAGUCCCGCCAUGAAAAGGACUCGUGGCUGUACCAUCUGUCUGUGGCAGCAGGAACCACGGUGGGUAAAGUUGGCACCGAGUUCGAACAGCUGGUGGGAAAGCUCUUCCAGGUGGACGGAGAUCCAAACUCUCAGAUCUGGAGACAUCCCAUGCUGUGUUUCAGUAAAGAGGCUUUGUCAUCUCCUCUCACCACGCUGCCCUCACAGGCUCUGCAGACAGAGGCUGUUAAACUCUUCAAGACUUGUCAGCUGUUCAUCAAUGUGGCCAUCGAUGCCCCGGCCAUCGACUACCACGUCUCGCUAGCCCAGAGCGCCUUGCAGGUGUGUCUGACCCACCCGGCGCUUCAGAACGAGUUUUUCUGCCAGCUCAUCAAGCAGACCCGCAGGAGGCAGCCUCAUGGCCACCCAGGACCCCUGCAGGGCUGGCAGUUUCUGGCCCUGUGCGUCGGACUGUUUCUGCCUCAGCAUCCUUUCCUCUGGCUGCUCCAGGUUCACCUCAAAAGACAAGGAGACUCCAGGACUGAGGUGGGUAAGUAUGCCAUCUACUGCCAGCGGUCCAUGGAGCGGACCCAGCAGAAGGGUGAGAGGCAGGGCCGGCCGUCCCGUAUGGAGAUCCUUUCCAUCCUGCUGAGGAACCCCUACCAUCACUCGCUGCCAUUCAGCGUCCCUGUUCACUUCCUCAACAACACCUACCAGGUGGUGAGCUUCGAUGCUUCAACCACAGUGGACGAGUUCCAAUGUCGCCUCAACCAGGACACUGGCAUAAGAAAAACUGGGCUGUCUGGUUUCAGCCUGUACACAGAUGAUCCGACCGGACGAGAGCUGGAACACUGUCUGCAAGGAGGCAUUAAGAUUUGCGACAUUAUCUCGAAAUGGGAGCAGGCCUGUAAGGAGCAGCACACCGGCAAGUCUGAAAACACCAGGACUGUACGCCUCACCUACAAGAACAGGCUGUAUUUCUCUCCCCAGGUCAGGGGGGAGUCAGAGAGGGAGAGGUUGCUGCUGGCAUAUCAGACCAACGAAGCCAUUGUAGCAGGACACUUUCCUGUCAACAAGGAACUGGCUCUGGAAAUGGCUGCCCUGCUGGCCCAGGUGGAGUUUGGAGAUUUUGAGCGUCCCUUCUCUGCUCCUGGUUCAGCGCAGACCAAGUCGAACCAAACCCUGAAACAAGUUCUGGAAAGAUUUUACCCGAAGCACUACCGCAGAACCACGUCUGAGGAGCAGCUCAGGCAGCUGCUGCAGCGUCUCUCCGCCCGCUGGGCCUCGCUCAGAGGUCGAAGUUCACCCGAGUGCGUCAGGAUCUACUUGACUGUUGCCAGGAAAUGGCCUUUCUUUGGUGCCAAACUAUUUGAAGCAGAGUCCAUUACUCCCUCUCCAGAGCAGGGUGUGCGUAUUUGGCUCGCCGUGCAUGAAGAUGGUAUCAGUAUUCUGGAGCACAACUCUAUUAAACCGCUGGUGUCACACCCCUACAAAAACCUGAUGACGUUUGGAGGCUGCAAACAGGACUUCAUGCUGGUGCUGGGUCAGAGCAUCAGUACCAACAGCAGCAAAGACAAACCCACAGAGAAACAUCUGUUUGCUAUGGACACCUCUAAGAUCAGGGAAAUCACCCUCCUCAUCUCCAGUUACAUCAACAGUGCUCACCAGCUGAAGGCCGCUGCCCACCACCUCUCUGCCCCAGCUCUCAUGGUGGCCCAGCCCAUCAGCCUGAAGUGCAAAGAGCUGAGGAGCAAAUCUCCACCAGCGCUGGGACGUCCCAGCAAGGCCCCUACGCUGCUGUGACCACAUGACGACACCCUGAUCUCUCUGAGACACACUCACUUUCCUUUUACCUUGUUUAGACUUUGAAAAGGAAGGACAUAUUUGCAGCUACAGCGGAACUAAUUCCAGUGUCCUUCUCGUCUGUAUAUUUGUCUCACUGGGACAGAUUAAUUUCUGGUUUAAUGCUAUCUCCUUAAACCACGAGUGCUCCAUCCAGAUGAGGCUAAAACUGGCCUCCUUUCUCUGUUUGGUAUAAUUUGAUAUCAGACACCAGCUCAGGUUGCAGCACUUCACUGAUAUCAUCACACAGGAUUAUUGUGCGUCCACGUCCUCCAGUUUUAAGCUGUAACCUUCAGAACGGUUAUUUUGUGCCUUUGUCACAGAUCACAUUAUCAGAUGUGGGCUUAAACUGGAGCUUUGAGCUUCAUACUAAGAUACAAGGGUGUUUAGGAACAAAUAAGAAGCUUUGCUUUACAUUCCCCAGGGACCUUUCCUUUUUUUGUCUCCAUGAUGAGUGCGUUGCUUUUAUGUUCUGACUCCAAAGAGAGAAGUCAACAGCCGUUAUUGACAGACUGACUUCGCUUCUGAUAUGUCUCAUUAAUCUGUGCUGUCUGGUACUUUUCCUUUGGUAAAGACGCUGUUUGAUGUUAUCAUUUGUAUUCCCGCCUUCAAAACCAUCACACAAUCGUCAUAGAAGAGGUGAAGAUGAGGGUUGUUUUUGUAUUUUUUUGUCUUGCCUCCUGUAGGGCACAGUAACUCUUCCAGGGACUAAAACUCUUAGUGUUGUGGUAUAAUGAAGCCUACUGAACAAUAUGAUGAAAGCAGGAGGCAAUAACAGGUAACCAGCCACAGCACAGACAAACUGCCCUGGAAAUGUAAGAGCUCUGUGUAUCUGCUGUGAUGCAACAUGUGUGAUAGAUAUAGACUGGAUUGGUUGGUUGUGUUGAGAAUGACUGAACGUUGUUGGAGGAGACCAGUGUGAACCCUGUGUGCUCUUAGUUACUGAACAGCCAGGAGAGCUGUGAAACUUUAAUCCUUCACUCAGAAUCAGCAGGACGCCUCCACGUGAUUAGGGCAGGGUACCGAUACAGGAAGAGAACUAAUGUCAUACAGCAAGAUUUGUCAGGUCUUAUAUUUAUUUGUCAUAUGAAAUACAUUGUAUUUAAAUCAUCCUUGGAAUAAGUCUCAUAAUUAUGUACUAUCUAAUGUUGGAAUAAACUGAACUGCAGCAGACAAGGUGACUUUUUUUUCCAGACAACUGCUCUUUUUUUACUCAUUCACAUAAUAAACCUUGCCUCCUGGGAAGCAUGUCUGAAUAAACAGAAACCGUAAGAUGCUCA